GAAAGCACCUGUCAUGGUGUCGUUGACUCUGAGGCUCCGCACGGCUAUCAACCUGCUGGAAUGCUAGUAAUACCCCUCAAGGACUUCAGUAUAAGCAAGGGAGAUGAACUGAUAUUAUUACUUGCUUCUGAUAUUAUGCACCCCAACUUCCAGACAAAGAGUUAGUAAUAAAGGUCGCCUCGGAUUCCCGACAUGCCGCUAUCGUAUUUCCCCGCAACCGACCAUCCGGCUGUAGAAUCCUCGGUACCCUCGUUUAUGUAUCAUGGGACUCGCGUCUUCGCAUCUACCGAUGAUCCUCCCUCCCCCCGCCGUGGCUCCCACACCCUAGUCGCCGACUCGAUAUAUUAGCUCCUCUCGUCCGCUCUAAUUUAUAUCUGUCCCUACCUUGGGUAUGCUCCAUCGUCAGCUCUCCACCCACCACCAUGGAUACCAAGCCCUUUAAUAUCGCCAUCGUAGGCGGCGGCAUCAGCGGCGUCACGCUCGCCAUCUGCCUCCUGCAGCACAAUGUCCCGGUCACGAUCUACGAGUCGGCUGCCCGGUUCGGGGAGAUCGGCGCCGGGCUAGGCAUGGGGCCCAACUCGGUCCGCGCCAUGGGCCUUAUCUCGCCCGACAUCGUCGCCGGGUUCGAGCGGUGCGUCACGCUUAACGGCGACGGCAACCGGAGCAACUGGUUCACCGUCCGCGUCGGCGACCAGCGGAAAGCCGGACCGGACGGCGUGCUGCGGCAGAAGGAGAGCGCGGGGCUCCGGGUCGGCGACGCUAUCUUUGAGAUCAACUACACCAACGACGGGCAGGCCGGCGGCGUGCACCGGGCCCACUUCCUGGACGAGCUCCUGAAGCUGGUCCCGAAAUCCGUGCAGCGGCUCGGCAAGCGGUUGGUCGACAUCACCAGCGCCGACGGAUCCCAGGACGCCGUGCUGCACUUCGCCGACGGGACGACGGCGCAGCACAGCGCGGUGAUCGGCUGCGACGGGAUCAAGUCGCGGACGAGGCAGAUCCUGCUGGGCGAGGACGAGGCGAAGCCGGUGUUCACCGGGAAAUACGCCUAUAGGGGCCUGAUCCCGAUGGAGAAGGCGACCGAGAUCCUGGGGAACGAGAUAGCGGCCAACAGCCAGAUCUACCUGGGCUACCACGGGCACCUGCUCACGUAUCCGAUCCAGAAGGGAAAGACGAUGAACGUCGUGGCGUUCAGCUCGUGCGAGUCGUGGACGGACCCGCAGUGGGUGGUGCCGACGUCGCGGGAGAAGAUGCUGGCGGACUACGAGGGGUGGGGGGCGACGGUCGGGGCGGUGGUGGGGGCGAUGGAGAAGCGCGACGUGUGGGCGCUGUUCGAGCACGCGCCGGCGCGGACGUACUACGGGACGGGGCCGCGGAUCUGCCUGCUGGGGGACGCGGCGCACGCGACGACGCCGCACCAGGGCGCGGGCGCGGGCAUGUGCAUCGAGGACUGCGCGGUGCUGGGGCGGCUGAUCGCGGCGGCGGCGGCGGCGCCGGACCUCGACCGCGCGUUCCGCGCCUACGACCGCGUCCGCCGCCCCCGCACCCAGCGCCUCGUCCGCACCAGCCGCGAGGCCGGCGCCCUCUACCAGUUCGAGCUCGAGGCCGACGACCUCGACGCCAUCCAGCGCAACCUCGCCCGCCGCAUGGCCUGGAUCUGGGACGCCGACUUGCGCCAGGACCUCAAGACCGCCCUCGCGAUGAUGCUCCGGGACGAGCGAGGUUGAGAAUCGGCGGCGGCGUUGUCGAUCCGGGGAUGGAUAGCGGUUGAGUGGGAUAGUUGACCCUCUGAUCGGGUAAACAUGGCCCCAUCUUUAUUUUGUGAGUUUUAUUACUUAAGGGCCAUAUAUCUACCUACAGUAUUAACCCCUAUUUUCCCCAGCCCCUAUUUUAGGACUCCGAAGCCACGCAAGGCAGCACACUGUUUUCCUCCCACCGUCCCGUUUUCUAGAUGCCGGCUUCUUAUUCAACGUUCUCUCCGUAGUGCCAUCACUCCUGACUCCUGACAGACAACCCCAAGAUUUCUACUUUACUCUAUGCGUGUAAACCUAGUAAAUCUACCUAGGUAUUUGCUAUCGUCACAGAGACAUUGUCACUAAUAUCUACGAACCCAUCUUUCGCUGUGGGAACUUUU